GUCGCACGGCAACUUGAGUGCGUGACGUUAGGGGUGGAAAGUUGUAUGAGUCUGUAGCGUUGUGGCAAAUGCAGAAUGGGAGAUUUAUCGGAGCUCUGUAGUACUUGUACAUAGAUGUAGCUGUGCUGAAAUUUUCCGCACUCCAACUUAGAUAAAGGGUAGAAAAACCAAAAAUAUUGGUGAAACCCUGCUGACGACUGACGAGAAGCUGUUGUUUGGCUGAUAUUCUAUUUUCUUACAUCUUUUAUCAUGGAGCAGGAUAAAAUUGACGUUGACAGUAUUAUAAGCAGGCUGCUGGAAGUGCGUGGAUCACGACCGGGGAAAAAUGUUCAGUUAACGGAAAACGAAAUUCGUGGCCUGUGUCUGAAGACCCGCGAGAUAUUUCUCAGUCAACCGAUUUUGUUAGAGCUGGAAGCCCCCUUGAAAAUCUGUGGUGAUAUUCAUGGUCAGUACUACGAUUUGUUACGACUGUUUGAGUAUGGUGGAUUUCCCCCGGAAGCCAAUUAUUUAUUCCUGGGAGACUACGUCGAUCGUGGCAAACAGAGCCUGGAAACCAUCUGCUUAUUACUGGCCUAUAAGAUCAAAUAUCCAGAGAAUUUCUUCCUCCUACGUGGCAAUCAUGAAUGCGCCAGUAUUAACCGGAUUUAUGGCUUCUAUGACGAAUGCAAACGGCGUUACACAAUAAAACUGUGGAAAACAUUCACGGAUUGUUUCAACUGCCUGCCGGUGGCGGCAAUCAUUGAUGAGAAGAUCUUCUGCUGUCAUGGUGGUCUCAGUCCCGAUCUGCAGUCCAUGGAACAGAUCCGGCGCAUCAUGCGGCCCACCGACGUACCCGAUACGGGGCUGCUUUGCGAUCUACUGUGGUCGGAUCCCGAUAAGGACACCACGGACUGGGGCGAGAACGACCGCGGCGUCAGUUACACCUUUGGACCCUCCGUUGUCGCGCGCUUCCUUCAUAAGCACGAUUUUGAUCUCAUCUGCAGAGCCCAUCAGGUUGUCGAAGACGGAUAUGAAUUUUUCGCCAAACGUCAGCUCGUGACACUAUUUUCGGCGCCUAACUAUUGCGGAGAAUUCGAUAAUGCUGGUGCCAUGAUGAGUGUGGACGAGACGCUGAUGUGCUCUUUUCAGAUCUUGAAGCCAGCGGACAAGAGGAAAUCACCUCCGGGCGGCAGCCAACUCGGUACUGGCUCCAAUUCGCGACCGAUCACUCCACCGCGCGCGGGAACGGCGGCCUUUGCCAAAUCAAGCAAAAAGAAAUAAGGGUCGUUUACUAUGGCACAAUGGCUUACUUAUUCUGUUGCAACUCAUAACGGCUGUCCUAUUCGUUGCUUUGUCCAUCUGUCAGCGUGUGUUUUAAGGCUACUGAUUUCGGAUGUUUCUUGUUAAUCACGGAUUUUUUCUCUCAUUUUCUUUGUUGGAGUUUAGAUGCAGCAUGAUAGGCAUGCAGAAGAAAAGGAAGUUUGCGCUGCGGCCAUAGCGCGGUGCAAGCAGAGGCAGUUUUAGCAAAAGCGCCCGAGAAGGUCAGCUAUGAGUAUGACUACGGUUUGGUUUUGAUGAUGAUUUCAAAAGCUUCUGAGUGCCGCUCAGGAUGCAUUAUGGUUGUAUUAAAUUUUGAUAUUACCACUA